AUGCCCAGCGGGGAGGCGAGGAGCAGGAUGUUUUGGAAGUUGGCGGCAUGGCUGGGCGCACCGCUGCUCGUCGGCGCCGGCCUGGCGUCAGUCGGCGUGCUGCCCCCCUGGUCGUCGAUCCAGGGAGUGGUCCAGGCGUCCGGGAUGUGGAGCUCGGGGUUUUUGGCGGCCACGUCGCUGGUGUUCUUUUCUGAGGUCGGAGACAAGACUUUUUUCAUAGCGGGGCUGUUGGCCAUGCAGCUGGGGCGCUGGGUGGCCUUUCUGGGCUCUCUGUCGGCGCUGGCGUUGAUGUCAGUUGUGUCUGUGGGUAUCGGCCGGGCAUUUGAGGCCAUUCCCGAGGGCCUCAAGGCGAGCCUGCCGAUGGGGGAGUACUUCGUGGUGGCGCUGCUGGUGGUGUUCGGCGCGUCGAUGCUGCGGGACGCGUUUGGAGGGGGGGAGGAGGGGGGGGAGGAGGGUGAGCUGGCGGACGCGAGGGAGGCGGUGAGCAGGGCGGAGGAGGCGGGCGCGGUGGGCCGGGGACGAUCGGCAUGGCAGGCCUUCCUGCAGGUUGCCUCUCUAAUCUUUGUGGCGGAGUGGGGGGACAGAUCUAUGCUGGCUACCAUCGCUAUGGGGGCCACAAGGAAUCCCCUGGCAGUUGUGACCGGUGCAACACUGGGCCAUGCAGCAGCCACAGCGAUUGCCGUUUUGGCGUUUUCAUGGGCAGCACAAUACAUAUCAGAGCGGGUAGUGAAGGUGCUGGGCGGUGUGACCUUCCUGGCAUUUGCUGUGGCCAGCCUGGCAUCAGUGCUGCUAGGGGGUGGUGCCUAG